AUGGUUCCUUCAAAGAAGAAAAAGCUGAAAGACAAUGGUAGCCGAUCCUUCCCUAAGAAAUGCCCCAUCUGGUUUCUAGAGUCAUCACCUUGCCUGUUGGGGAUGGAGAAACACUUAGACCUACCCUAUGGCAAUGACUGUCGGGAAGUCUCUAUCCUGUAUAUCAGGCUCCAUUUUCAGUCCGGGAGCACACAUUACUCUGCGUACAAAACGAUUGAACACCAGAUUGCAAUUCAGUAUCUCCAGAUGAAAUGGCCACUGCUUGAUGUCCAGGCGGGGACCCUCCAGAGCAGACAAGCCCUCAAGGAUGCCCGCUCUCCGUCACCGGCACACAUUGUCCAGUGCCCCCUCCCUUGCUGCACUCAGGGACAUGACUGUCAGCACCUCUACCCCCCCUCAGACUUCACUGUCAGCACUCAAGUCUUCAGGGACAUGAAAAGGAGCCACUCCCUACAAAAGGUUGGGGAGCCCUGGUGUUUGGAGUCGAACAAAGUACCGGUUGUGCAACACCCUCACCAUGUCCACCCUCUCACGCCGCUCAUCACGUACAGCAACGAACACUUCACCCCGGGAAACCCACCUCCACACUUACCAGCCGACGUAGACCCCAAAACAGGAAUCCCACGGCCUCCGCACCCUCCAGAUAUAUCUCCGUAUUACCCACUAUCGCCCGGCACCGUAGGACAAAUCCCCCAUCCGCUAGGAUGGUUAGUACCACAGCAAGGUCAGCCCGUGUACCCAAUCACGACAGGAGGAUUCCGUCACCCCUACCCCACGGCUCUGACUGUCAACGCCUCCAUGUCUAGCUUCCUGUCUUCCAGGUUCCCUCCCCAUAUGGUCCCACCACAUCACACUCUACACACGACCGGCAUCCCCCACCCGGCCAUAGUAACGCCAACCGUCAAACAGGAAUCCUCCCAGAGUGACGUCGGCUCACUCCAUAGCUCAAAGCAUCAGGACUCCAAAAAGGAAGAAGAAAAGAAGAAGCCCCACAUAAAGAAACCUCUUAACGCGUUCAUGUUGUAUAUGAAGGAAAUGAGGGCCAAGGUCGUGGCCGAGUGCACGUUGAAAGAAAGUGCCGCCAUCAACCAGAUCCUGGGGCGAAGGUGGCAUGCGCUGUCCAGAGAAGAGCAGGCGAAAUACUACGAGCUGGCCCGGAAGGAGCGACAGCUUCACAUGCAGCUGUACCCCGGCUGGUCUGCGCGGGAUAACUAUGGGAAGAAGAAGAAGAGGAAAAGGGACAAGCAGCCAGGAGAGACCAAUGAACACAGCGAAUGUUUCCUAAAUCCUUGCCUUUCACUUCCUCCGAUUACAGACCUGAGCGCUCCUAAGAAAUGCCGAGCGCGCUUUGGCCUUGAUCAACAGAAUAACUGGUGCGGCCCUUGCAGAUGCAAAUACUCCAAAGAAGUGUCGGGCACUGUUCGGGCUUGA